UCGGGGUUGCGGCGCACCCCACGGCGGCGGCGCGUGCCUCGGUUUCUCCGCCGGCCCGAAGCCGGCUGGCUCUUCGCCGGUGCCACCCGGGAGCUGGUGGACCGGGCGAGGGCGAGACUGGGAGCGGGCGUGCUCGCGGCGGACCCCGGGUGCCCCGCGGGGGGCGCGAUGCAGGGCGAGGUCCGCGCGUCUGGCCUCGGGUCAGCGCGGUGGCUCGCACCGAGCUGCUGACUCAUCAGACCUCCUGAUCUCCCCGCUGGCUCUCUAGGGAAGGGCCUUCAGAAGCAGCCCGGCUCAGGAAAAGCAAGGUGCCAGGGCUGUCCUCAGGUCAGAGUGCCUGCUCAUUGUGCCCCCGGGUUAUGACGACCCCCAAUAAAGGAAACAAGGCCUUAAAGGUGAGUGGAGACGCUGGGUUUCGGGGGUGGCGGGGGGGUAGCAAGCUUUCCUGCUCUGCUGUGACCCCGGGUGCUGUUCCGCUCCAGGUGAAGCGGGAGCCAGGAGAGAAUGGCACCAGCCUGACCGACGAGGAGCUGGUGACCAUGUCGGUGCGAGAGUUAAACCAGCACCUGCGAGGCCUAUCCAAGGAAGAGAUCAUCCAGCUGAAGCAGCGCCGGCGCACACUCAAGAACCGCGGCUACGCGGCUAGCUGCCGAGUGAAGCGGGUGACGCAGAAGGAGGAGCUGGAGAAGCAGAAGGCGGAGCUGCAGCAGGAGGUGGAGAAGCUGGCCUCUGAAAACGCCAGCAUGAAGCUGGAGCUUGACGCGCUGCGCUCCAAGUACGAGGCCCUGCAGAACUUUGCCAGGACCGUGGCCCGCAGCCCUGUGGCCCCAGCUCGGGGUCCGCUUGCUGCUGGCCUGGGGCCCUUGGUCCCUGGCAAGGUAGCUGCCACCAGCGUCAUCACGAUAGUAAAGUCCAAGACAGAUGCGCGGUCAUAGGGACACGUGCAGUUGCCAGGCAGGUCUUUAAGGGGCCACUAAGUGCGUGGCAAAAUUGGCAGCCCUGUCCCUCUUCCUUUCCUUUUCCUGUCUCUUCUCUCCCUUCCCCUUUUUCUUCCCUGCAAAGCACAACCUGCACCCAGGGGCGUUGGGCUGAGCCCCCUUGAUAUCAUCCUUGUCGUCACGCGUGUGUUUUGUACGUUGGGAUUGGUCAGUUCAACAGUGAUGUUGGGUUGCCCCUAACCCCUUUGUACCAAGGCCAUGCAGGCUAGGAGUCCAGAGUGGGCACCGUGGGAAUGGACAAGAGUACAAGUGGGCCGGUGUACUGGCUUAGGUCUGCCCUUCCUCUCUGGUGGCUGCAGGGGGACUUUAGAGCUCUCUCUUCAGAUUCCAGUGGGCCUCUCAGCUUGAUCCAGAAAGGGAGAGAUGGCUCUGUCCUGAAAAGUGGUUAUGUCUUGAAGGCCCUGGAUGAGUAGGGCCACCAGCCCUGGCACUGGGGCAGGAACCAUGGUGCUGGAGCCUGGCACAGUGCACUGGAUAAGACCAAAUCGCCGGUUAUAAGUGUGGGUGGCCGGUGUGUCAGUGUGUCCUGCGGUGGGUCCGGUGUCGCUGUUUACAUGACCUGUGUGUGGUUAUAUAGCCCUUUAUUUAAAAGAGAAGUUCCUUUUACGAAGUUAUUAAAUUAUAUGUUUAAGAGCUAAAAAGAAAAAAAAAGAAGAGCUGCAGAGUAUUUAUAAAAUUGUCUUAAAAACAAAAAAAAAAAAGAAACAUUUGACCGUAUAAAUGGAAAAGGGAAGAAAGUAUAGUAGAAACUUUGCUAGUUAAAAAAAAAAUCCCUUUCUUGUAAACUUGGGGACAGCUCUGUGGCUGUUGGAGUUUAGUUUUUAUACACAGAGUUAUGAGACAUUACUUAUAAAACUUAGUUUAAAAAAAGAAAAAAAAAAUAAGCCAAGCUGCGAGCCGACCAGAGGCCGUCCUCUUUGAUAUCUCUUUUGCAAUUGUACCGAAAGUGACUUACUCCUUUGCCCUUCCUGCUUCCGUCUUGCCGGUGCCGUGGUGUUGUCCGUGCCUGGUGAGGUUUUGUGCAGCCGUAGAGUGCUGGUGCUUCUGGUGACCUUUGACCUGUGGCUGUCCCUGUGUGGGGGUCUUUUUUUCGUGUGUGUGUGUGUGUUUGUUCGGGUUUUUUUUGUUUGUUCUUUUUUCUUUUUUUUUUUUUGUCGUUGUGGUGGUGGUUUUGCGUGGUGGUUUUGCUUCUGCUGGCUUGCUGGACCUGGGUUGGGCUGGGGUCCCAGGCAGAGCUUACUCCACUGGAGUAUGGGAGACUGCCUGCCGGCUCACAUUCUGCACUUGUCCGUUCCCCUGCCACGGGGUCCCUCUGAGCCUUGGCUUCGCAUGUGGGUCUAGGGCUUGGGUUGGCGGAGUGGCAGAGUCAGUGAAAUUGGGAGUCGUGUUGGGCCCCCAUGCUGCUUCCACAUCCACCACCUCUGGUCCUGGAUGGUGGCAUUGCAGGGACCAAGGAGUCACUGUGGGUGCCCACGGGGCUGCGUCCUACCUGUCCCUGGCUGUCUUCCUCCUGGCCUCAGCUUUGUUCCUCUAGGCUUCAACUGGGGCCUUGGCUAGGCCACCCCAGAGGCCUACCUUGUGGGUUGGGAAUCCUAUCACCCACCUAUCCCUAAAAUCCCAUUCUGUGGGGUGUUGUUUCCCGGGCAGAUUGGUCAGGGGCCCCGCUUGGGGGCCACCUAUUCUUCCCUGCCUCACUGUGAGAGCCUGGAGGCCUCCACCAUUGCCAGACAAGGGCUUUGGCUUCAGAGCCGGGUCUGUCUCUUCCCCAUUGUCUGCAGCUCUUGGCUCUGGGCCCUUCUUAUGCCUCCCUUCAGGAUCUGUGUCUUCCAGGGAUCCGCUGUUCGGCUUGGAGGUGCUUCUCUGCAGGGUCCAAGCCUGCCUCCUUACCCCAGCUAUCCAGGGGAGGCUGCCCACCUUCCAGGCUUGGCUCAGGAAGCUCCUCGUAGGCGGAUGCCCACCUGGUCGCAUGGCCCUUGUCCUCUUGCUGGCGUUACUGGUGUCUUCUCUGGGGGCCUGGAUCCCUGACAAGCACAGAAGUGUGAGCUGGUGAAAGGAAACACAGGCCUGAUAGGCCUUUACCUCGUGGGCAGCGGAUUUUCACUCAGUUUAACCCAGCAUGCAGUGCUCUGGGAGCAGGACCUCUGCCAGCCCUGGCGUUGUGGUGGGCUUCUUUGGCUCAAGGUGCUCAGACACUCCCGCUGACGCCGGGGUCAGAUGUGAGUGGGAGUCCCUACUGUCAGUUAUACGUCACCAGGUGACCUCACCCCUCCCUUGGGCUCUCUAACUGGUGCCCAGAUGAGUUGCUGAUCCUGACUGUGGCAGCAGAGCUGGGUGGAUUAUGCCCAUGCCUAGCAGAGGAGAGGGGCGGGCUUUCCAAGUUCUCUGGUCCUGGCUGAGCGUGGCCGUGCAUGUGGGGAGAGGAGGCUGAGGCCGUGCGUGUGUUGAACAGAAGCAGCAGAUGGUAGCUUCUGCACUGGGUAGGGCCGUGCUCGUGACCUUCAGAUCUGCAGCCUCUGCGCCCCAAGUCGGAAACAUUCCCUGCUGAGCCCCUCUUCCCUUCUUGAUUUCGUGACAGUAGAUCUGUGUCCAGGCGUGACUCCUGGCUGUCUCUCUGAUCAUUGUUUAUCCUGUUUUCCUACUGUGAGGGUGUUGUGUUUGACUUUCUGACACAGCUACGGAGAGCUUUGGCUGAGGCUCUCCCAGAUUACUCUGCUAAGUAAACCGUUCUUGUGCGACUUCCCUCCUCCCUUGACUCUGCCUGACCUCCUUCCUUGGACAUGGACACUCAGAUUUCACAGGAAAACCCACAUGGGGUGGAUCAUUUUCCUCUAGAGUAUGGUCCCGGAGAGUCCUCCCCCUCCACUGUGUCUGGCUGCUAACCUGGGUGUUUGUACCGUUAGCGUAGGGCCUCCAUGGCAACCCUGAGUUAUUCUGGGUUCGCUGUCUUCACCAGGCGUUCCUGCAGGCUCUCCUCAGUCCACCAUCUCGGUCUGUGUGUGCUCUGUGUGUGCUAGCAGCAGCCUUGGUGUUCGGUGCCAGGGUGUGCAGCUUUGAUAAGCUACAACCCACUUGGAGAUGGUGAGGCCACUUCCCUGCUACCUCCCUCUGUGGUGUGGCCACUUGGCCAAAGCUCCCAUCCACAGCUGGGAUGUCUGAGCCACAGCCUGCUGCACUGUUUCCGCUCUGGGAUCUUCUGAGUUACUUUUUUAGGCUGUGGUUUGGUGAAAGGAACCAACACAUUAACGAUUUUUUUCCCCCCAAAAGCCACUGAAUAAUUCCUCUUGGCAUGUUUUCAUGUCCCCAUUGGCUGCCUGGUUUGGGAGCCCUUGUGGAGAAGAGGACAGAAUCGGUACCACGCAGAGGUGUGGAACUGUGAGAGCGGCUCGUGGACUGCCUGUGUCCUGGGUGUGUGCUACACCUGCUGGGCCCGCUGCGCACGAUUCUGUCCCUGGAGUGGCAGCAUUAACAGCAUGGGUGUCUCUGGAAGUUUGAAGUGGACUGUCCUAGGAAGUGUCCCUGACAGAAUUCCCUGUUCUCUACGACCCCAGUUGGGUUUUCAGCCCCUCCAGCAACUCUAUGCCCCCAGUCAGUCCUAUCUUUCCUCCCAUCCUCUCUGUCUGCUAGUCCUUGAAGCCUUUAACCAAAUGGGAGUGGGUACAGAAAGUCUUCUCCUGGCAACUUAGGGCAACAGGACAAGGGCUAUUGUGUGUCCAGCUCUGUUGGUCUCCUGGUGCUGAGAGAUGUGUCCAAGCAGAGUUGAUCAGCCCCUGCCUGCCCUGCAGGGCUGAAGCCAGGGGGAGGUUAGCAGAGAGUACCCUAAAUGGGGUGGGAGUCCUAAGAUCUAAGUGAGGGGGGUCUGGGGUGUGGCUGCAAGGUGAGACCCAGUCUCCUGCACCUGGGUAGGGUCAUCAGGGAUCUGGCUGCGAGGUGAGGCCUGGGUGUUCGCACCAGUGCAGGGCUAUCAGCCGUCUGGCCUCAGCAGACUGCAGCCUUGGUGCCCACUCGUGCCCUGCGCAGUAUUUAUUGCUAAAUUAUUGUCCAGGAGGGGCGGCGCUGGGCCUGGCCCCCCGGGUAUUUAUUGCUGUACAUAGUGUAUGUUUGUGAUAUAUAAGGUUUUCUUUAUUUUGUAUAUGAUCAAUAAACGCCUUUUAAAGAGA